CUGUCCGCCUUUAAUCCCCCCGAAAACGCCUCUCGCUCGGCUGAAGCCAUGCCCUGCGUCCAGGCUCAGUACGGGUCCUCGCCUCAAGGAGCCAGCCCGGCCACGCAGAGCUACGCGUACCACCACUCGGCGGCUGCCGGGGAGUACAGCUCGGACUUCUUAACGCCCGAGUUUGUGAAGUUUAGCAUGGACCUGACCAACACUGAAAUCACUGCCACCACUUCUCUCCCCAGCUUCAGUACCUUUAUGGACAACUACGGCGCCGCCGCCGCAGCAGCCGCCGCCGGCUACGACGUCAAGCCGCCCUGCCUCUACCAAAUGCCCUCGCAGCCGCCGCCGCCGCCGGCGCCGCCCUCCAUCAAGGUCGAGGAGCUGCCCCUGCACGCCCACGGCCACGGCUACCCGCCGCCGCCCCCUCCUCCGCCGCCUCCGCCGCAGCAGCCCCCGGCCGGCGGGCCGCAGCAGCCCGACGAGCUGGCCGUCUACUACAAGCCCUGCUCGUCGCCGCCCGCCCCUUCGGCCGGCUUCGCGCCGGGCCAGAGCGUCUGGGACGAGGCGGGGCCCCUGCACGGCUUCCACCACCACCACCACCAUCACCACCACCAGGCCUACGGCGGCGGCGGCGCGGCGGGCGGCGGGGGCGGCGGCCUGCACAAGGCGGCCCCGACGGCCGUGCCGCGCCUCUCGCUCUUCUCCUUCAAGCAGUCGCCGCCGGGCACGCCGGUGGGCAGCUGCCAGAUGCGCUUCGACGGCGCCCUGCACGCCCUGCCGCUCAACGGCGGCGAGCCCUCGGCCCACGGCGGCCACCACCACCACCACCAUCACCACCACGACGGGCAGCCCUUCGCUCUGCCCAGCCCCAUCCGCAAGCAGGCCGCCGCUGCCGCCGCCGCUGCCGCCGCCGUGGGCUUCCCCGGGCUGCAGAUCGGGCACGCCUCGCAGCUCCUCGACGCCCAGGUGCCCUCGCCGCCCUCGCGGGGCUCGCCCUCCAACGAGGGGCUGUGCGCCGUCUGCGGGGACAACGCCGCCUGCCAGCACUACGGCGUGCGCACCUGCGAGGGCUGCAAAGGCUUCUUCAAGCGCACGGUCCAGAAAAACGCCAAGUACGUUUGCCUCGCGAAUAAAAACUGCCCCGUGGACAAGCGCCGCCGGAAUCGGUGUCAGUACUGUCGCUUUCAGAAGUGCCUCGCGGUCGGCAUGGUCAAAGAAGUGGUUCGCACAGACAGUUUAAAAGGCCGGAGGGGUCGCUUGCCAUCGAAGCCGAAGAGCCCCCAGGAGCCCUCUCCCCCCUCGCCCCCGGUGAGUCUGAUCAGUGCCCUGGUGAGAGCCCAUGUCGACUCCAACCCGGCUAUGACCAGCCUGGACUAUUCCAGGUUCCAGGCGAACCCGGACUACCAGAUGAGCGGCGAGGACACGCAACACAUCCAGCAGUUCUACGAUCUCUUGACUGGCUCCAUGGAGAUCAUCCGGGGCUGGGCUGAAAAGAUCCCCGGCUUCACCGAUCUCCCCAAACCAGACCAGGAUCUGCUCUUCGAAUCCGCCUUCCUGGAGCUCUUUGUCCUGCGGCUAGCCUACAGGUCCAACCCGGUGGAAGGCAAGCUGAUCUUCUGCAAUGGCGUGGUGCUGCACCGGCUGCAGUGCGUGCGUGGGUUUGGGGAAUGGAUCGACUCCAUCGUGGAGUUCUCCUCCAACUUGCAGAACAUGAACAUAGAUAUCUCCGCCUUCUCCUGCAUCGCUGCCCUGGCCAUGGUAACAGAGAGGCACGGCCUGAAGGAGCCCAAGCGGGUGGAAGAGCUCCAAAACAAGAUCGUCAAUUGCCUCAAGGACCACGUGACGUUCAACAACGGCGGCUUGAACCGGCCCAAUUACUUGUCCAAACUCCUGGGAAAGCUGCCGGAACUGCGCACGCUCUGUACGCAAGGCCUCCAGCGCAUUUUCUACCUGAAACUGGAAGACUUGGUGCCCCCGCCGGCAAUCAUCGACAAACUGUUCCUGGACACUUUGCCUUUUUAA